GCUGUGGCCACAAGUAACUUUAGUCGUUCAUUUGACUCGAUCACGAACAGCGUUGGAUCCGGUGGAAUCACAUCCAAUGUGAUCGAAUUGCCUCCCUCGGCAAGUGCACACGAUACGCUGUCCGCAGUCAGUGCUCCAGUCGGUACAGCCACAGCACGGCCCAAAUCUACCCCAGCAGUUUGCUAUCCCGUCAUGAGUUCGGCCGGUGUUUCCACUUCUCGAACACGAUCGUUCGGUGCAGCCGAUCACGAAAUAUUGACCUCCAAACGACCUGGUUAG